AUGUUGAGGAUUUCGAACCUUAGAAAGAACCCAAAAGGAGGCUAUUACUGGGAUAAAGUUGUUACCCUACAUGAACCACCGUUCAUAAUUGUUUCCGAUGUAGAUCCAGACACUGGUAGAUGUCCAGGAAAUCAAGGUAGCAUAUGCGAUUGGGGAGAUGAGGAGAUUGACACUGAUGGAGGAAAUAAAAAUACGAAGAAGUAUCUUAGGAAUCGGACCUUAUGGAAGUGCUGCUCUGGCUAUUGUGUGGAUCUACUGAACAAACUCGCAAAUGAUAUUGGUUUUACUUACACUCUGUACAAAGUUAGAGAUGAGAAAUGGGGCUUAAAGACGGUAAGACUUUUUCCAAGCCGAACUAGUUAG